AUGGACACGAACAAUGGCACCUUGGUGAUUGAAUUCAUUCUUGUGGGUUUCAGAGACCACCCAGAAUUGCAGAUCCCUCUCUUCAUGAUAUUUUUACUGAUCUACAUGACUACCAUCUUGGGGAAUCUUGGGAUGAUCAUGUUAAUCCAAAUGGACUCCCACCUGCACCUGACCAUGUACUUUCUCCUAACAGGAUCAUCCUCCGUGGACAUAUGUUACUCUUCUUCUACUGCCCACAGAGCCCUGGUGAACUUCUUAGAAUGGGGAGAAGCCAUUUAUGUAGCUGGAUGUGCUAGGCAGCUUUACAUUUUCGCUGGCUUUGCCAGCACAGAAUCUUUCCUCCUGGUGAUCAUGGCAUAUGACCGUUACAUGGCCAUCGGCAACCCUCAGCUUUAUGAGACUGUCAUCUCCUGGAGAGUCUGCUUAGGCCUGGUGGCUGGUUCCUACUUGGCUAGAUUUACAAAUGUUAUCCUGCUCACCAGCUGCACUUUCCAGUUGACCUUCUGUGGCCCCAACUUGAUGUUAGCAAAAAGGCAUUUUCGAUUCAGUUUCCUCAACUAUAAAAAAGCACCCAUGGGAAAAAUAACUGAAAAUAUCAUCUUGCAGCUAUUUCCCUGCGUUUCCUGGGAAAGCACAGAAAACACAUCUAUGUAG